CGUUUCGAGUUCCCAUUGGUCGAGCAGGAUGCUGCUAAAUAUGGUUAUAACUACAGCGCCGGUUUGUUUCGUACAGUAAAGAAGAGUGAACUAAUGUACUUAUUUUGUAUAAUGACGUUGACAGGGAGUUAGGUCGCCAUUGGGACAUGAUGUGACAGACUGACUGGAAUAAAGCUGAAUAUCCAUGCGGAUUUAACACUUAUAAACUCCUGGUUGGUAAGUUUUAGCCAUUUAAGCUAAUCACACACCCUCCAUGGCUAAACAAGUCAAUGCAGUUAUUGGCUCAGGCUCAUCUGAAUAGUAGAGCAACAUGUACACUUUAGUCACUUCAGAGGAGCCCCAGGAAUCACUAAACACUUCGAUGGAAGUGCCCAUGCCACCACCUCCACCACCACCACCUCCACCACCACCACCCCCACCCCCAGCUCCCAAAGAACCACAGCCCACCCAGAAGAAGCUGUACCAGGCCAUAGCAGAAGGCAGACGGCCAGUGGAGGGCGACCACGCCGAAGCCCGCCUGCUUCUCACCCAGAGGGAGAGCAGUUUUAGGAAAGAUCUCCAGUGGAUCUUAUUCAACAAAUACGUGCCGUCGCUCAUCCAGGAUGGCCCACAGUGCGGUCUGGUGGCCUUGUGGAUGGCGGCCCACCUGCGUCAGCCCGCGCGCCCGGUCGCUAUGGAGAUCAUCGUCGAGACGGCGCUGAAAAGGGGGUACACCGCCCAGGGGGAAAUGUUCUCAGCCCGGGACAUGGCCCUGCUGGCGGGGGAGGUGUGUGGCUGUCGGGCCGACCUCCUGACGGGAGGGAUGGGCGGGGCCAACGCCGCGGCCAUCGUGGCUCACCUGCGCGCUGGGAAGCCGGUCCUCAUCCCAUACGAUGAGGACUUCAACCACGAGCCGUGCCAACGCGGUGGACAAAGAGCGCACUGGGCAGUGGCCUCCGGCGUUCUCCUGGGGGUCGACAGCGUGUGCAGAGACCACGCCCAACCGGACCCCUCCCUGCCCUGGCUUCACCUGGCCGGCGGCCCCGGGGCCCCCCACCCCCCCACGGGGGCCCGAGAGGUCUACAUCCUGGCCAAGCAGGGCAAGAGCCUGCGCUACCAGCUGUGGCGUCUGGAGACGGUGUCGGAGAGCAACGGCCAGCUGAGGGAGAUGGACCCCAAGAGGAGCGGGGACGGGGCGCGCUACGUGGUCCCCGAGGGCGGGGUGGGGGCCGGGCUGGCAGGCCAGGUGGUGCUGCUCCACCCAGGGACCCUGACGCCGUGAGCAGGCGCCCCCCCACCCCCCCGGGGACGCGUGCGGACCGGACGGCCGGUGGGCCGAUGCGGCCGGGUGGGAUUCUGGCGGGACGCGUCCGGCGUAGCGCGGUCGAAUCACUGAGGUCACUGGUCCAGUGGCUUAUGGGCCCAGACCAGUGACCUCACUGGGGUUACUGGUACAGGGGCUUGUGGGCCCAGACCAGUGACCUCACUGGGGUUACUGGUGCAGGGGCUCGUGGGCCCAGACCAGGGACCUCACUGGGGUUACUGGUACAGGGGCUCGUGGGCCCAGACCAGUGACCUCACUGGGGUUACUGGUGCAGGGGCUCGUGGGCCCAGACCAGGGACCUCACUGGGGUUACUGGUACAGGGGCUCGUGGGCCCAGACCAGGGACCUCACUGGGGUUACUGGUGCAGGGGCUCGUGGGCCCAGACCAGGGACCUCACUGGGGUUACUGGUACAGGGGCUCGUGGGCCCAGACCAGGGACCUCACUGGGGUUACUGGUGCAGGGGCUCGUGGGCCCAGACCAGGGACCUCACUGGGGUUACUGGUACAGGGGCUCGUGGGCGCAGACCCAACAGGGUCUCCCCGUUCCUGGGCUCUGAGGUUAAAUGACGACGGUUCUAAUCCCUGCCAAUUUGUUUGCUCUGAAAAACGGUCAAGAGAUGUUAUUUUCUUUAACUCUUGCAGGGGUAUGAAUGCAAUACUGUGAUUAUAUCGGGAGAAUAAAUGGUUGAUACCAAAACGA